AUGCUGUCGGAGACGCGCGUAGGUGUAGCGGCAGCCCCGCCGGGGAGAGGAGGAGGAGGCGGCGGCGGCGGCGGCGGCGUUGCGGAGCCGGGCGCAGGGGGACAAGGCACCGGCCGCGGACGAGCUCAGAGCGGCGAAGAGAGACGGCAAGGGCUCGGUGUGCAGGAGUGGCCCGACGGCUCCAGAUACGAGGGGGAAUUUGCGAACGGAUUCAAACACGGCAAAGGAAGGUACACCUGGAGAAAUGGAGAGUACUAUGAGGGCUCUUUCUACAAAGACUACAGGCAUGGGGAUGGAUUGUACUGCUGGCCCACAGGCCACGAGUUCAUCGGCAAGUUCUACCUCAACAGAAAGGAAGGAUAUGGACGACAGCUGUUCCCUGACGGAGCCACUUUCCAGGGUUUGUACCAUGCUGACCAGAGGUUUGGUCCAGGUGUGGGUAGUUAUCCAGAUGGGCGUCAGGAUGUGGGUGUGUGGCUCAGGGAGCGGCUGCUGGGGCUCUGCACCACUGUAGAAGGGGGCUUUAGCCUGAAGAACUCUCCUGGAUAUGCUGCCUACAUGGACCCAGCUGCCGCCACAGAUUCCCUGACUCAGCCUCCCAUUUUCUCUAGUGGUGUAAAGACAGAAGUCAGGACGCACUCUGAGGUGCAUACAGACAGAGACCUGCUGUCUGAUGAGAAUUGUAUCCACCCCCCUGGCAUGGAAAGGUAUUCAACAGAUGGCGACCACUUGCCGCUGCCCCCCGGCCGAAGAAGAGAGUUGGAUCGGCACUUUUAUGGCGAGCUGUGGGAGCCAGACAUUUGUCCGCCCCAAGGCUACGAGCGAGACCCGCUCUCCAACCUGCCCUUACGGGCCCGCUUGCAGGCUCACAUACACACACACAGACUACAGGCUGAAAAGGUGGGCUGGGAUGUGGCUGCCGUUCUCUCUCUGGACAGGGAAGGUUUUGGUCCUAAAGGGCCUCUGGAAGUCAGCUCAGAGGGGCUGAUCCAGCAUGCCUCCCGAGGGGAGCUGCAGGCCGUUUCUCAGAUCCUCCGGAGCGGUUUGGUCCACCCUGAUGUGGCAGAUGCAAAGGGACACACUGCACUGAUCGCUGCCACAGUAAACUGCCACAAUGAUGUGAUCCAGCUGUUGUUGGAUAUGGGUGCUGAUAUUGACAAGUUGAACCGUGACGGCAUGUCUGCCCUGGCUGUGUGCCAUGUCCUCUACUACCCUUUUCAGUCUCUGCGCACCACUUUGGCUGAGCCACCUGCCAAAACUCAAGGUUUGAGGUCUCCCUCUGCAUGCGGGAGCAGUCCCCAGAUCAGUCAAGUGAGCUUCACUACAGACACACCUGGGACAGCAAACAAACUAGCAGAACACAUCACACAUGACAGCAGCAAAGUGUCCAAUGACAGUGAGCUCCUCACUGAGCGCUGGCUUGGCCUGAAUGAACGCGAGACCCCUGCAGACACUGAACACCUACUGGACGGGGAGAGAGACGAGGACAGCAAGGACGGAGAGAGGGACGGAGAGGUUCGGGAGAGAGAAGAAAGCAGCCCUAGGGAGGAUGAGGGAGAGAGCAAAGGGGAGGAGAGACAUAUUGUGGAAGAACACGAUCAAACGCGGGAAAGGGAAAGUGAAGUAAAAGGCCAGGAAAGAGUCGUUGAGUCAAGAGAAGAGGUUGAGGGAGGUGUAAAGGAGCGAGUGAGGCAUAUUCAUGAAGAGGAUAAAGAGGAGAGAGGAAGUGUGGAGCACUCCAUUCAGGUGUUAGAUGGUCACAUCGCACUGGGCAGCGUGCAGUGGAAGGAAUGUCGAACUAAGGCAGCAGCAAUAGUUCAGCAGGGCAACGACCCAGAGCUGAGCCAAAAGCAGACCUUUGACUCCGUCCGCUCUGUCAGCAGCUACAACAUCCAGGUCACAGAGGAAGUGAUGCAGCGCUCGGCAGAGGCUCUGAGUCGCACAGGGAUUCGUCAGCGCUCUGACACACAGGAGACUGUUCGCAAAAUGGCUGCCAUGAAAACGGAACACCGUGUUCGUUUGAACACCCUGAAGCUGUUAUUGGAACGGGGCGCCGACCCCAACGUAUCCAAGGUCCCCAUGCCUGUUCUCUUUUUAGCCAUUAUGGCGGCUGACACUGAGGCCGUCAGGAGGCUGCUGCUGUGCGGAGCUCGUACUGAUACUCCCCUUCCACCUGAGAGGAAAGGCCUUUAUCCCCUGCAUGUAGCUGCAGCACAGCCAGGCUCAGCAGGUCCCAGAAUCACAGAGCUGCUGCUGCACGCUGUCACUGACCCGGAUGCCCAGGCAUGCGACCAAGAUGAGAUCUACGAACCGGAUCGGAGCUUCACUCUUGGUCUUUUACGGAUUUUCAAGAGGGCUCAGGAGCCACCGAGCACGGGUGAGAGGCCACGUCUCAAAGGAGGAGGCAGAACGGCCUUGCAUGUGGCCUGCCAGAGAGACAGUGACUACCGGAAUUCCAGUAAGGUGGUAGCCCUUCUACUCUCCCACAGAGCCAGCACAGACCUCCUUUGGAGUGGACACUCACCCCUCUCCCUGGCUAUAGCAAGUGGCAACGACCUGGCGGUGGAGGAGCUGUUGAAAGGAGGUGCAGAUCCCAACAUCCCCCUGAGCCGUGGGGUGGGCAGCGCCCUCUGUGCUCUCGCCAACAUCAACUACCACUUGGGCAGCAACAGAGCUAAGCUGUUGGACAUGUUAGCUAAGGCUGGUGCCGACAUCUCGAUGCCCGUUAAGGUGGGUGAUGCUGUGGGAACCGCAGUCGACUAUGCACACCACUCCUUUAACCAGGACGUGCGUAUUGCAGGAACCCCCUUCCACGCUCUGAACAUGCGCGAGAGGGAAACAUUCAAAGCACGGCGCCAGCUGCUGAGCAUGAUGGGAGAUCUUCUGAGACGGACUGCUGGCCGGAGGGAGACAGACAAUUUAGAGAGAGAACAACAGCUCGCACUAAAUGGUCAGUACAAUGCGUUUGCGUACACAGGGGAAGGGGCCAUUUCCUCAAACGGGCCCCCCCUCAGCUGUGAAAGUCUGCCACACAUAACAGAAAAACACAGGAAGCCGUUGUUUAAGUUCUGCUAUCACUGUGGCCGCUCCGUGUCCGUGAAGCUGACUGCUUGUAGCCGCUGCCACAAGGUCUUCUACUGCUCCAGGGCCUGUAAGCUGAAAGCAUGGGAUGAAAGACACAAGGAGGAGUGUAUCCGGGAGUCAGCAUCGGAUGAAGGCAUCCAGAAGAGAGUUGUGUUCAAAUCACAAACAGGCCCCAGGUCCUUGACUGUCAUGUUGAAAGCCAAAGCAGUCUCCAGGCCCUUGAGUGUCAAGAUGAAAUCUCAAAGAGUCCUGAAGCCCCUGAGAAUGGCAGAGAAGGUCUCGGAGAGCCAAGUCAGCCCGGAGGAAAACUACAGCUGCAACUGA